CCGUCCGUCUGUCUAUCUAUCUAUCUAUUUAUCUAUCUAUCUAUCUGUCUGUCUGUCUGUAUGUCUAUCUCUCUAUGUCUAUCUGUCUAUUCUAUCUGUCUAUCUAUCUAUCUGUCUGUCUGUCUGUCUGUCCAUCCAUCUAUGUCUGUCUGUCUAUCUAUCUAUCUGUCCGUCCAUCCGUCUGUCUAUCUAUCUAUCUAUCUAUCUAUCUAUCUAUCUAUCUAUCUAUCUAUCUAUCUAUCUAUCUAUCAUCUGUCUGUCUGUCUGCCAAUGUCUAUAUCUGUCAAUCUAUCCAUCUAUGUCUGUCUGUCUAUCUAUAUAUCUGUCUGUCCGUCUGUCUAUCUGUCUGCCUAUGUCUAUAUCAGUCAAUCUAUCCAUCUGUCUGUGUCUGUCUGUCUAUCCAUUUAUCUAUCUAUCUAUCUAUCUAUCUAUCUAUCUAUCUAUCUAUCUAUCUAUCUAUCUAUCUAUCUGUCUAUCUGUCCGUCUGUCUAUCUAUUCUAUUAUAUCCAUUCUAUAUCUAUAUCUGUCUGUCUAUGCAUACUGUGUUCUACAGAAAAGACAGCAGUGAAAUAAAUUCAUGCAGUUUGAUAGGACGGGGGUUAAGGUUAGCAUUAGUGGCAUUGCGUUUUUGUCAUCUGUCAUGCAACUGCAUGUAACUGGCCCACAAAGGUACCGAGAAUCCUCUGAAGGUCCGUUAGGAAUAUUCUUUUUCUGUGCAUCCACAGAGUAGCUAGACAUUUGUUAUCAUUAAUGUUUGCUUUAAUACACAUGUGUCAUAACAAAUUCAUCCUCUGAAAAGCCAGCUGCAUUCGAGAAAGAAAUGCUUCACUCUCACUGAGACAUAUUGUCCACUUUGAUAGCUCAGAAUGAUAUCAAAUGCCCCUCUGCUGCCUCAGUUGAAAUGGAACAAAAUAGGCGGUGGUCUAUAAAAAUGAAGUUAGACGUAAGUACGGCACUCACAUCUUUGAAAAAAAACCCUUUCCUGUUGCAUUUUGUAGUCGUCAAUUGGUCCGAGCAACUUGCUCUAAUGCAGGUAAUGGAUCCACUGUGGUCCUUUCAUCUUCGGGACCAUGUGCGGGAGAUGGGAGAGAAACCCUUCUGGAGGAGGAAACAACUCUAACACACAUAAGGGCGAGGGAAAGCAAACCUAAGCUAAUUCUCAAUAGUGCGGUUCGACUGAUAUGUUGAGGAAAUCGAAGAUGUUUUAACAUAUUGCGUAGAUCUGUGAAAGCCUCAGACAGCAGACACCUGGAUGAAUGAUGCUUUGGUCAUUCAUAUUUCAUCUAUAAUACUCAAGUAUUUUUAAGAUAUCAUUUACAUUUUUUCAUUUAGCAGAUUCUUUUAUCCAAAGCAGCUUAUACAACAAGCAUGUCUAUAAUUGUAUUUCAUUUGUCUUGUAUUAUCACUUUAAUUAGAUGGUGAACAUGUGGAAGAACUCCACAAACAUUUGAUAUCCAUUGUGGGUAUUUUAAAUUUGUGGUUCAUAUAAAACAGAGCACAAUUUCAUAUGUUUAGAUUGCAGCAGAACAUGAAAGUACACACAAUAAAUUUCAAAUUUUGUUUUGAGAAUUUGAUUAUUCCAUACUAGGCCCAACAGCAAUCCAGAUUUUCCGCUCGGCCUCUUCCCAACUAUAGGGUGGUUAGUGGUGCCCGCUCAAUGGAAAGCCUCCAGUCAUCAGGAUUUGUAGAUAGUUCUGUUUCUUCAGCAGAUUCCAAAAUCACAAAACUAGCCCUAGCUGAUUGGCUGUGUUUUUGCCUGUUCUUUUGUUUCAGAGCUCUGCUCUGGUCUUUCCCCUGUUCUCUCUAUUCACCCACUAAACGCUAGUGCUAAGAGCUGCUGGAAAGCUGCCUGUACAGCCAUUAUAGGGCCCUGGCGUAUUUUAUUGAGACUUAAUUAAGGGGUUUGAUAAAGGUAAGUGUGACUACAUAUUAAUAGCUAUAGAUUAUCGGAUUGUUUGUUGGAACAGUGGACCUUUGGUGACAGAUUUGUUCAUGUUUGUCUGUAGUUUGUUUUUCUGGCUUUCAUCAAUAUACAUUUGGAAAACCCUCCAAGAAUACAAAUGACAAUAUUAACAUCUGUCAAGUGUUAUAUAAUAAUGUAGUGUUAGGCUAGCUCUGAAAAUAGCUGCUCAAAAAACUGUGUGAAGUUACAAAUAUCUCCAGAGAACAAGAUGUCAAAAUAUUUCUAAACAAAUAGGUUAAACUGAAAAUUGGGUUGAAAAGUUUUAAAUAUGUUAUUAUGUUAUUAUUCUUAAAAGCCUGUCAAUUUCAGAACCUUGAAACCUUUUUUUUAAUUUUUUUUUUUUAUGUGUUUUGUAAUGAUUUUAUACGUUUCGUUUAAAGGUAGUUCUACACACUAUGUAACUUUUUUUUGUUCAAAAUUCACAAAAAAAAAAAAAAAAAGUAAAAUGAGCCAAUACAACAUGAAUCCAUCUUCCAAAGCGUGUUUUUAUCUCAUCCUGAAUCACUACAGUACGCCUAUAAUAAGUGUUUAUAUUCGGACUAUUUUAGACGAGCGGGACGACAACCGCUGCGGAGUAGCCUAUUACCUGCGUGACUCGUCUGAGAGAAGUAACUCCGGCUAUAAUGUCCUUCCGCAAGACGCGGUUUAUUAACCGCUACAGCGCCAAAAGUUACAUAGUUUACCUUUAAAUGAAAAUGACAUGUUUAAUAUUUUCAGUGUUCCAUUCUAAACAAAUUUCAGGCACCAAACAGUGUACAAAAUAGAUGUUUUUCAGCCAAUUACAGAUGGAAACUAUAUGGCGCCCUCUACUGAAUGGAGCUUUUUUUUUUUUUUUUAAACUUGACUCUCUUUUUAUGUGUCCUACUGUAAAGUCGGUUUCACGUGUUGGAAGAUUAUGUGAUUAUAUUCACAUCAAGAGGAUAUCUGACAAUAUUUUAAUUUCAAUGAAUGUCUGUUUCACCCCUGCAAAAGGUAGCUAUUCAAAGCACAUCAAUUAAAGAAAAACUCAAAAACUCGAUAAUCCAGCACAUAGCAUUGUCCUGUACAAUAACUAAAUCUUUUCCAGCCAGUUCACCUGAAAACUCUGUUAGCCUUAACCUGAAAAGAAGAAAGAAAGAAUGAGAGUGAGUAGCCUCCUGAUACUGACCUCUCAGCUCACUCAGAGGAAGUAAUGUGUUCAUUACAAUGCAAUUACAGACACUUACAUGCCUCUGAGUGAAGUGCAGCGCUAUUGAGAGUAGUCUGCACCAGUCCCUUGAUGCUAACGCAACCCUGACCUUCAUGUGUGUGUGUGCAUUAAUGCAAGUGUCCUAUGUGUGCUUGUAUGUGUGUGCUUUUGUUUUUAGUCUGUCUGUAGGUGCAGAAUGUACAGCUUCAUGGGAGGAGGGCUGUUUUGUGCAGGAGUGGGCAAUAUACUCCUGAUUGUUUCCACAGCAACAGAUUAUUGGAUGCAGUACCGUCAUUCAAACAACUUCAUGCAUCAGGGACUGUGGAGAUACUGCAUGCCGGGAAAAUGCUUCACACACACCGACAGCAUUGCAUACUGGGAUGCUACACGAGCGUUCAUGAUCUUGUCUCUGUUGGCCUGCUUCUUUGGCAUCAUCCUUGGUAUUAUGGCCUUCAUCCACUACUCUUCCUUUGACAGGUUUGAUAAAACCUUUGCUGCAGGCAUUCUGUUCUUCAUCUCAUGCUUUUUUGUGUUUCUGGCCAUGGCUGUGUACACAGGGGUUACAAUAAAUUACUAUGGUAAACGCUAUGGUACCUGGAGGUUCUCCUGGUCUUACAUCAUUGGCUGGGUGUCUGUUGUGCUCACGUUCUUUUCAGGUAUUUUCUAUAUGUGUGCAUACCGGAUGCAUGAAUGCCCCAGAAGCUCGAAUCCUCACUAGAAGACUGGGCUUUAUUAUCACCAAUAUUGGAAGCCACUUUAGUACCAAAACAGCAUUAGGUCAUGAAAAAAAGAACAAAGCAAAUUUUAAAUAAAGAAUCAUAGAUAGUAUGACAAUGUGUGAACGCUUACAAUCUUUUUUUCUGUCUAUAUUAUGAAAAACUGUACAAACUGGAGGAGAAUCUGAACAUCAAAUGAAAAAGUAUUCAAAAUGAUAUACAUCUUUCUCUUCAUUUCUCUUUCAAUCCUUUCUUCCUGUGUUUCUGUUGUUCUUUCUAUAAAACAAUGGAAUUUCGAAUCUAUACAAAAAACAUUGAUACUAUCCAUGAAUAUAAGUGUUUGUAUUAUUUUUUAGAUCAUAUUCAAGUUUUGAACGGUAUCCUACUCUGUGUGAGCAAAGUAUCAAACUGUAUUUUAAAGAUACAUAAGGACUUGGCAUUACACAAUGAGCUGGUCUAAACUGCUCUUAGUAUAAGGUGCGCGAGCUAAUGCCACAAGCUUCUUACAGAAAAGCACCACUUAGGUGUGACGCAGUGGCGUGCUGUCUCCCAAUUUCACUUGAUUAAAUGGCUAUUAAAAGCUGCUUAACUGCCUCUGCAUGGGUGCGGAUUCUAUCGACUUCUCAAGUAAAGACGAUUCCAUCACCAUUAGUACAUUUACUUUCGCGUUUUGCCAUAAAAGCAACUUGUUUCCGUGAUUCGUUAGCAGUGUGGAGAGCAGGUGACAGUUAAUAAAAGCUUUCAAUUACAGUGCUCCAAAAUCACAUUAAAUCGUAGAGUAAAUUUGCAUAUACACUGCACGAAAUCAUUUUCUUAAUCGAUAUUUUAUAUAGUUUUGAGUAACAAAAAGUAAAAAAAACCCUAUCAACGUCAUUGAAACGAUAAAUUUACAGCACAAGAUACGUUUGCGCAAUUUAUUGCGUCAUUUUCCUUGUUUUGAGCAUAAACCCCACAAAACUGUGUUAGUUUAAAACAAAAACAUUUUUAUAUAGGUAUCUCAUGCUGUCGACUACUUAUAGGCUACUUUGCAAACUAAUAAAUCAGUAAGAUGAUUGCUUGCGUUCAAAUGUGUCAAAGAUGCUCAUUAAAUGACUCGAUACUCAUUAAAACUGAGCAACUCUGUGAUGUAUUGUAAUUUAGAAGAUCUUCUCUCUGCGUAGAAGAGACUAGUAGCCUACUAAUGAAGCCAUGUUUCACAUUUGCAGGAAUAUUGUGUUUUCAUGACCAAUUGAAUCUAGUAAUU